UACUCUUCCUUCAACCCCUUCAACGCCUUGACAUUGUAAUUCCUUGGGUAUACCGGGGCCGGCGCACUGCGGCCGCGCCAUGUCUACCGUUGCGACACCUGGCCCCGUCGAGGCACGUUCGCUCUCGUCAAUCACCGCCAUCGCAUCCAACCCCCCCGCCUAUCCGCGCAAUCCCACCCACGAGAAACACGACCCGCUGGUGCUAUACAUUGUCAGAGUCCCGGGCAGCCAAGAUAUUUUUCUUUCUCCUCUCAAGCCGCCCACGAAAUCCAGCGUCUCUGCCGAGGCAAUCAAUGCGUCUCUAUAUUAUCUCCAUGUUGCGACACCCGAUGACGAUGCGCUGUUGCAGGAAGUCGAGCAGGAGCGGGAAGAGGAAGCUCAGCGGCGGAGGGAGGCCUUGGAGGCGGCUGGCGCAGACGAUCCUGUGCAACGCGAAUUCCUUCGCAUGAAUAAUGUUCGACGGAAACCAGUUGGUGGUAAGGAGACGGAGCCAGAGAAUGAUGCGCCUCCGCUGCAGAAUAAUGCGCCUCUGCCGCCAGCCGCACCGCCAGCAUUGCCGCCACGCCGGCCGGUUCCCAUGCCUCAAGUUACGACAGAAAACAUGUCUUUUGCUGGAACACCGGUUGCUACUGUGCAGCAACCUGGAGGGGAACCUGUACGGGGAUUGGCAAGUCCGACAACUCCAAACACGGUCCCGCGGAGGCCUCUGCCACCUGUGCCUCCUACCGAAGAGCCGUGGAAUGAUCGCGUAGCCGGCGACGACGAACCUAGAAAGCCAAAUCGGUGGACCACUUUUGCUGGUCAUCGAGGAUUGGAAGCUUGGAAGGAGAGAUAUGAGGCUCUAUCUGCGGGCCGGGGCAGUCUUGAUUCCGACAGGCCAGCAUUGCCGCCUCGCCCGCCGACGCAGGACCGUCAAGGUUCGGCGAAUAGAAGCCCAGGAACAUCUCCUAAUCGACAACGAAGGGGACCACCCGGACCUGGAAACAACUCAUGCUUCAAUAUCACGCUUAUCCGACGCGAUCCCGCUUCUGGGACGCAAUGGAACGUUGCUACGAUCACGGCACCGCGCCUGGAUCGCAAUGCAAUUGAUAUUGAGAUAUCUACUCCAGGGUAUAACCGGUUUAACGGGUCUAACGAGCCUCUCUCACUCGCUAGUCUAGCUGCCAAUCUCCCACCGGGCUUGAUCCGCACCGCUGAAGCUGCUAUGCCACCACCUCUUUCAGUCGAGCAGCCAAGUGAUAAGUCGUUAGGUCCACGCAAAUUCCACCGCCAGGUCUGCGUCUCAAAGCCUUAUGAUGAAUCUACAGCAGGCGGCCGCAACCCUUCCGAUCUCAAAAGCGGCUACUACGUCUUCAACUCGCCCUGGAACGGCACCUGCACAUUUGCGAGCAGCGUCAACGGACGCAGUCUGAAAUGCAAACACAUGAUCUCCGGCCCAGGCCACGCACAAAUGGGCGAAGGCGAGAAUCACGCCGUGACCGUGGCUGAGAUCCGUUUCAAUACGCCAUUCCAAGCGGCCAACCUGCACUACCACACCUCGAGCCGCUCACACCCUCACCAUCACUCCUUCGCCCAAAGUCCAACUUUCAAUGUACCUCCAUCUCCAGACUCACCAAUCCACCCAAACCUAGCAGCCUCCAAACGCAACUCCUUCUCCAACCUCCUGAACCCAAACACCUACUCUCGACCGCGAGCCUACUCAGGCCCCAACGCCCCGCACACCGAAGGCUUCAACCCUUCCCAGAUCCUGCGGCGAACAUCCCUCCGAGCACAGCGUUUCGCGCGCCAGAGCCAGUUUCCGCACCGCCCGCGCCGCAGCACGAGUACCAGCAGUGGUGGGCCGGAUUCAGAUGAGGACCGGCUCGAUCUAUCACUUGCGCGAGAGCGAGCGGGCGGUGGGAUGCGUGGGAAGAGCGCCAAGCUGGGGAAGUUGAUUAUUGAAGACGAGGGUAUUAAGAUGCUGGAUCUUGUGGUCGCGGCUUGCAUGGCUGUUUGGUGGCGUGGUUACUACCAUUGA